AUGAACGGUCUCGAUCUGUCCCGGUCCGUCGUGGAUUGCAAGAUGAAUGGAAGCAGCGACGAAGGCGAGUCGACGUCGGGCGUGACUGGCGGGGGUGGCGGCAGCGAGAACGCAGAAAUGGAGGAGAACGGAUCGACACGCACGAGCAGCAACAGCAGCAGCAACAAUCCCGUUUACAGAGAUCCGAAACUACUUCAGGCCGGUGAAGUUCCGCAGGAGUAUAAUCCAUCGCGGACUACCUAUCAGCAGCGCGGAUACUCGCCGGGGAUAGACCGACAACGGAACUAUGAGAAGGAGCAGCUUCAACCGUCACCAUCUUCUAGGGAGGAAGAGAGAAAAUCGUCCUGGGAUUACGAGAAGAACAGAAAAGAAUACUCGAGGUCGCGGGAUUAUAGCAAUGAAUAUCAGGAUGCGAUAAAACAGGAGCCUAAGGAUCAUUCGAGUCGCGAAUGGGUGUCUCCCGUUCCGGAGGUCGAGGUCGGUGGUUCGGCUCCCGGGGGUCCGUACGUUCGUGCACGCAAAGACAUCCCUCGUGGCGCGAGAUUCGGUCCAUUCCUCGGCAAAUGGGCGAGCGAGCCUUUCAACCCCCGUUACGCGUGGGAGGUUCGCAUAGCGGGCAGUGGAGUAAGAGGCUGGUUGGAUGCAUCUCACGAAACGAACAAUUGGCUAAAAUACAUACGAAGUACGGCUAGCUCACACGCAGUGAAUAUGCGUCACGUACUUAUCGGUGGUCAGAUGGUGUAUGAGGCUGUUCGCGACAUCGCAGUGGGUGAAGAACUUCUUCUGGGCCUUCGGGAACCGCUUCAGCUGCAGGACAUGUUGGGUGAGAAUACAACCGAGGACAGAAGCGAUCGAGAAACUGCCUCUCAGCACAGUGGAACUGUCGAUGAGGACAAAGAAGACGAAGAGGAAGGAGAAACGAGGUGUACUGUCUGUGACAAGCCAUUCCAAGAUAUCGAAUUAUUGGAUAGCCACCUGGUGACUUGUCACAGAUACCCAGCGGAACAGCACCGUUGCGACAGCUGUCCUCGCGCUUACGCUUGGCGGCCGCUUCUGGUGCGGCAUCGUGCUAUCGUUCACGGUGAUCUCAGGAACUAUCCCUGCGAGAAUUGUCCGAAGUCGAACAUUCGGCAGGUCUUCACGGACCCAUCAAACCUACAACGUCAUAUCAGAACGCAUCACGUGGGAGCGAGGAGCCACGCUUGCACGGAGUGCGGCAAGACCUUUGCGACUAGUUCCGGCCUGAAGCAGCACACUCACAUUCACAGCAGCGUGAAACCCUUUCAGUGCGAGGUCUGUUUUAAGGCGUACACGCAGUUUUCCAAUUUAUGCCGACACAAACGCAUGCAUGCUGACUGUCGCAUGCAGAUCAAGUGUGGUAAAUGCGGACAGUCCUUCAGCACGGUAACAUCAUUAUCGAAACAUAAGCGAUUUUGUGAUUCCACGACUCCAACCGGUCCACCUGGAACCAUGCCUCAAUUACCGACGCCAGCAACAAGCCCUUUUCUGGUGUACCCACGGCCUCCCGUAAGCUUACCAGGUGGUUUACCUUUUUAUCCGCCUAGUCUGAUGGGUCCCUAUCCAGGAAUUUUCCCAAAUGCUCCGAAUUUUUUAAACACACCUCUACUUUUUCCGCCGAAAAUUGAAGAGGCCGAAAAGAGAAGCGACAGUCCCAAGAAGGAACGUUUUACUCCACCGAGAAUAUUGUCGCAACACAAUAAGGUCUCUCCUUCCACUGCGGAGGAAGCCACUUCUACGUUUAGGCCAUCUCCGGCUAGACCUCCGGUUCAACCGACGCCGGAGAGUGACGAUGAUCUAUCAAAGAGAAAAGAAGCUGCUAGAAAUAAUGAACGAAAAAUAGAAACCGAAAGCACCUCGAAGGAGGAGACGACCGAGCAACCAUUGGAUUUAAGGGUACAGACUAAGAAGCAAGCGAUGCAGGAAACGCCCGCACCUCCCGAUCCUCCGAAACCGGAAGAGGAUACCGUUGCGCCACCGUUGAUGGAGCUCGAGUCUAAAGACGUUCAAGGAAGUAGUCCGCACUUGAGGACUAGCUUGCCAAUCGAACAACCACCGACCAACACACCGCCUCACAUGGCUUAUCCUAGACCGAUACAUCCGAUGUUUCUCGAAACUAUGUAUCGCAGUCCAGCGGGAACCUUUCCAGGAUUUCCUAGCGCACCACCACCUCCAGGCGGAGCUACCCCAGAAUCUAGGCUGAUACCUCCACUUCCACCCUUUGCUCCACCGCGCGGGCUUCCUUUUUUAGGCUCGCUUAUGAACGGGCUCAGCGGCGCUAGGCCAGGAGCAGGAUUCGACCUGCUUGCCCGGCCGCCGCUGAGUGCGUUCCCUGGUGUGAAACCGUUCCAAGAAGCCGUGAUGUCGCCCCAUCAUCAUCAUCAUCAUCACCAUCAUCAUCACGUCCACGGCAAGAUGAAGGAUCGAUACUCCUGUAAAUUUUGUGGCAAAGUGUUCCCCCGCUCGGCCAAUUUAACAAGGCAUCUGAGGACUCAUACCGGUGAGCAACCGUACAAGUGCAAGUACUGUGAGAGGUCUUUCAGCAUCUCGAGCAAUCUGCAGAGACAUGUUAGAAACAUCCAUGACAAGCAACGACCGUUCAAGUGCCCGCUUUGCGAAAGAUGUUUCGGACAGCAGACCAAUCUGGACAGACAUCUGAAAAAGCACGAGGCCGAUGACGGUAGCGGAGUGGUAUCAGUCGCCGACUCGCCUGGGAGCAGCAACGAGAACGAGCGGGAGGACACCUACUUCGACGAGAUCAGGUCCUUCAUGGGCAAGGUCACUUAUGGCAGUGAGAGUGGCUACGGGUCAUUGCCGCAUCAUCCAGCCUAUAUUCCCAAUCGCUUGCACGAGAUAAACGAGUCUAAGAUGGAGGUCGAAUAUGACGAAGACGAGGACAGCGAAGAAGGUGUGUCCCCUUUGGAGGAGACAGACGGACUAUCGCCGAUCGAGGUCAAGGAAUCCCCAUCGCCCUCGCAGUAUGACCUGAAGCUGAGAGAAAAGCAGGAGAUGCUCAAUAAUAAUACCGCCGAACCGGUGAUCGAGAUUUCGACAUAGCCCAGAAGUCAGUCAGGGUGAUCUACGCGGUCGCUUCGAAAGACGAGGAGUACCCGUUUUUAUUAAUGUACAGAACUAUUGUGGGAUAUACGUUCGUCUUAGAACUCUCGAUUGUAACGGCGUUUCUUCGGAAAUAUCACGUCAAUGCAAGAUUACUUAGCUUAGAACGAUCCGCGUAUCUCGACUUUGCAGAAUAUCAACCAUUUGCUUCUACAAAGCGAACAAUUCUCGAGUAUAAUCGGGUUAUUCUCCGUGAUCAUAUUGUGACGCGAUACCGUAAAUGAAAGACAGCUUAUAAUGAUAAUUAUAAUUACACAUUGAUAUAUCCUUACCGGAAUUUUUCAGAAGGAAUUUAGUAAACCCCAUUAUACUUGUAAAACAGGUGCUCUGUAAAAAAAAAAAAAAACGUAAAGAAGUCGACGAACAGAAAAGUCCUCAAAGAUCCUUGUUACGCUAUCCUUUUUUUACACUUCAUAUUUGUUUGCACUGGAAAAAUGUAUUGUAAAAAUCAACGAAUGGACCAUUUAGUCCCCUUCUUACACAUGCAUGUCACAAACUCUUCUAUAGUCUAGUUAAUAUAGUUUCUACAGACUCGUUAUAAAUGUAAACGCGCACGAAAUUCAAUAUUAUCCCAAUUCCACCUCUCUUUGUCCUUAGCAACGAUUAGACGAAGCGCGUAUCCCAGUAAUAUUAUUUAUUGCUAUUAUUAUAAAUAUAUAAAGUUAAUUUAUCGUUAUUAUUGCACUGUCGCUUGGCAAAAGGAUCGUACGUCAUAAGCGAGAACAAUCAAAGCGUCUCUGCGAAGCUCUGUGAAUUGUUAAAUGGCUUGCGAUGUGUAUUUAUCUCGACCUAAUUACCGAUGUUUUUAAAUCUUAAAAUACCUAUAUAUGU